UCGGUCGCUCACGUGUUCUUCGCAGUGUCGCGCGGACGGGGGAGGCGUAGCGGGUGCGUCUGCCGCAGCCCGUCGCUUUCCAUUUCCUUCGUGGUUCGCGCGCUUGUGAGCAGUACUGCUUCUGCGUGAGCUCGCGUGGUUAGCUCGUGCUCCUGUUCCUCGCGGCCGAAUCGAAGCCCCUUGCAACCACUUCAGCGUCGCCCGUUCCACCGAGCCGCAUCGGUUCCUACGGCGGCGCCUUUAUGCCUGCACCGAGCUCGACAAAAUGAAGGACCAGGCGGGCCCUUCGGAUUCCUGGGUGUCCGGCGUCAAAUUGGGCAUCGUCAGGCUGGGCCGUGCAGCUGGAAAGAUAAAGUAUACUCUACUUGAUGAGAGAGACAUCACACUGGUCCACGAGUACUCGUUUGAGGCUCGUGUGGAAGUGGACAAGGACGGCAAUGGGGCCCAGAUAUUUGCCUACGCUUACGAGAUGAACCAGGGAAAGAGCACUGGGCAGUACCUGCACCAACUGCUUUGGGAACGGCACUUUGGCGGAGUGGCUCCUGGGUUCCGGGUGGCGCACCUGAAUGGGGUCACCAUGGACAACCGGCUGGAAAACUUGGCACUGGAGCGGAUAUGCCUACCCUUGGCACCCCAUGUGGCUGAUGUGCACAUGCCAGCUGUCCCCACCUCGUCACUGGCAGAGUCCCAGCCCAACAAGCAGCGCGAGCAGUCGCUCUACUGGGCUGCCAUCCAGCAAUUACCACCGGAGCACCUGGUUGAAGAGCUUGCAGAUGCUGCUGUCACCAAGUAUUACAACGCCAAUGGCGAAGUUAUGGAGGAAGACGAGGAGGGUGGCUGCUACUACGAGUGCCACUAUCCACCCUGCAGUAGCCUGGAGCGGGAGCCCCGCGAGUUCAGCAUCUGUGGCCGCUGCCAAGCAGCCCGCUACUGUGGCCUCUUCUGCCAGCAACGCGACUGGCCCUUGCACAAGCGCCACUGCCGCCCCCGGCUACGAGCGCAUCGUGAGAAACCUCCAGAGCGAUGACGUGGUCUCAUUGUUCCCACGUUAAUCUGGGGCGGCCCGUCAUUGGAGCUCUGCACCGCUUUUCCACUUUGGGGACCGCUGCCUUCUUUCGCUGCCAGCUCUGGAUUUCCAGUUGCACCUGCUGGCUGCGGUUCGAAAGAAGAGCACUAUGGGACCUGCUCUCUAGAGGUGGUAACAGGCUUAGUCCUGUGGGAGCCCUGUCGACUGAGCAGUGCUGUUUCGUCUGCCCAGUUUCGCGGGGGACAGAGGGUGUGCCUCCCUCUGUUGCUGCACAUGUGUGACCACUGCAAAGGCGAUGCCAGGUCUCCAGAACUUGGCAUCUGUGAGCUUUGGUGGCAGUGACGGCUCUACCUCGUCAUGGGAAGAGGUCUCGCUAAUGAUACACGAACAGUAGGGUGCUGCUUGCUCUUGGCAGUGGCCAUGUUGUGCUGAGAAUGGUAGAGGCGUCAGCUCCCACCACUUGAUCAUGUGUGUGCUUAUUGCAGUGCCCGUUGCCCAAACUUCUGAGUGUUUUCGUACUCUGUGGCGCUGGCUAUUAAAACAGUGCAUGCACAUGUGUUGUCCCUUCCUCUCAUUUGCUCAAUUGUGUCAAUGCCUCUAUCGUACUUAUUGUCCUUUCUUUAACUGGUGCUGUUACCUACCCAUGUCUUCUCCCUCUGGUUUGUCAUUGGUUCUCUGUUUUGCUGUCAGGUGUUUGCCCAUCGAAAGUGCGCUUUGUUGUUGGCACUUCUAAGGUUUGGGUUGCAUUGUUCCCAGGCUCAUUCUCACUUAAGGUUGUGCAGGAGAGUGGUAGUGUUGAGAUGUUCUUCCAAUGUCGUUGACAUUCCUUGGGGGCUUCCCUCUUUUCAAUAUGUCCAGCUUUGUUUCUUGCAGUUGUCAGGUGGGCUAAUAUAAAUUAUUGUUGUAUCCAUUAGUGUGAGCAUGCACUCUGCACUCUUUUUGACCUGCUCACACUUCUUGGGAUGCUACAUUGGCAUGAUGUGGCUCCCAGGUUUAAUUUCAAGCUGGAGCAUCUGAGCCUGCAACUGCAAGCAGUUUCCAUGUCAGGAGAAGUUGUCUUCAUUUUAUCUAAAAUAGUGGCUGGAAGCACAGUCCUUCUAGUUCUCUGCUAAUGUGAAGAACAAGAGCGCUUGGAACUGACUGAAAAUUGCAUUGUGAGGCCUCGCAAGAGUGAUUUUCACCAAGUUCUAAGUGCCAAGUUUAGCUGCUAGAAAGCCUUGUUAAUUUGCUGUGUAUUUUGUCAUAGCAGAGUAUCACCCCCCCACCUACUCUUCUUGAGGGUCCAAUAUAGAGGUGUCUUGUAGUACCCAAGGAAAUGUCAAGCUUAUUUCAAUGAAGCAGUAAAUGAAGAGUAAUCACUCCCUUGCAGUAUUAACUGCAUUUAACUACUGCCCCAAUGUAGCUGUUGGGUACACUGCCAAUUGUAUCUGGAGCCAGUCAACUAUGCUUCGUAGGAACAGUGUUUUAACAGGGCCCCCAAGACUAUCUGCAGUCUCUGCACCUUUGGUGUUAGAUGGUAGUGUGUUUUCAAAUAUUCAUUCUAACCUGCCCACAACUGCCACUGUAAACACACCAAUCUGCAGGCUAGCUGGUAGUCCAAUCUAAGGGUAAUGCGACAAGAAACAUGGAAGGUGCAGAUGUUUAGGUUUUGCCCUUGGUGUUAUGCCCUUUCCAGUGCGUUUGGUAAUGUGUAGCCAUGCUAAUGCUGCUUGGUGCAAGAGCUUGCACAGAUUGCUGUUGGUGACAUUGAAUCAGCGUCCUUAAAGUUUCUGUACCAGUGAAGGCCACCAGAAUCGUGCUUGUGCCAUCAGUGGCGCUUGUUUCCACCGGAAGCUCCAGAUGCAAGUGUUGCAAGGAACUUUGAAGGGAUCCGGUUGCUUCAGGCUUUCCCACUGAAGUUCUGUUGUAGUAGUUGCACCUCCAUGCCGUCCGUGCCCACUGGCAAAUUCUGUCAGCACUACUCAUACACUUGGUCUGUGAGGCCUGCUUUCUUGAGCAAGAGCACCACAGAGAUUUCUACCUCCCUCGCAUAACUUGUACAGAUCUGUUGUUCUUGUGGGCCUUGUAACCUACAUUUCUUGCCAAAGCCUUUUGUUUGUGUUCACUUGCAACACUGUGGCGGCGUGGUAUGCAACUGCUGCCUUUUUGGUGGUGAUGUGCAGGCCUUUUGGUUAGCAGUCUCAAGGCUUUGUGUCUGCAGCACACUGGGCGAGAAUGCAGUUUGAAUAGUGUGAUAGCUUUUGCAUGCUCUACUUUGGGGGUUGGGGGGGGGGGGUGGUGGUGGUGAAAUGUGUAUAGUGCAGCAGUGCACAUUCGACAAUUGUAUGGGUGUUGUAUGGGAUGAACCACCUUGUUAUCUGUCGUUGAGCUUCAGAAUUUUUGCGCAUGUUUGUGUGGCGAUGGUUCCUGUGCACUGCCAGUUGUACUCUGGGGUUGGAGUUGGUUUUAUGUGGCGAGAGGUUCAAAGCCUUCUGAAAUGAGCCAAAACCUUCUACACUUCAGCAGUGACUGAUUUCAUUCUUGUCACACACAUUAUUGAAGCAUUGGUGUGUAACAGGUUUGUGCUGUCUCCUUACCAACUGCAAGCAUAACCUGGCAACCACAGGAAAUGGGAACCCAUUGGUCAAGAAUAGCUGCUGGACUUGAGGCACCUUUUACAUGUAUGAUUGCCACUCAUUGCAGUUCACAGUACUUGGCAUUUGCCUAUUACACAGCACUGAAAACAUGAGGUCUGGGUAUCAGAAGUGCUCCUAGAACCAGCUGGUUCAAUCCAUACAAUUUCAGUUCCGCAAUAUUUUGGCCUCUCUGAUGUGUGGUUCACACCUGUGGUGUGGACUGUGCUGUGGUUGUUUUCUCCCUCCUGUUCACAUUCAAACCUACUUUUGAGGGCUACUGCAACAAUUUCUUUGUGCACGUUUUCUCUUCUGUAUCUGAGGAAGGUAGCAGCAUCUCUUUUCCCAGUAGUUGCACCCCUGGGGCUAAAAAAAAAAAAGGAAUACAGGGUUCCAUAUGUUCCAUUGCAAUUUAUUUUUUAAUGGCUGAGAGGUUUGUGGCAAAAAAUGUCAAGAGCCACUGUAAUUCACAGGCCAGAGUUGUUUGGAGGCUGGAGUUUCUGAGCUAUGUAAACAUGUCUGUACUGUGGAUCUUCCCUCUGUUGCAGUUCAGAGAUAUCUUUGGUCUGAUUGUUAGCAUUGACACUGUUGUAGCCGUUCAUGCAGCAACAGUGUUCUGGCAGUCCUUAUUUGUUUUUUUGUGCAAACUGCAAAUUAUAUGAAGCAGUUACAGUAGUGAGCAGAUGCAUCUGGACAGCUUUGUUGCUCACUAACAUACUGGUCUGUUAACUUUUUCCCAGACCGGUGUGAAACACUGUCAUUUACAUGUUUGCCAAUGCCUUUUAUCCUUUUUGACCACUCAAAUCAUAGUUUCCUUUGUGAAUGCUUUUUAACAUGGAGUUCUGAAAUUGUCUCGUUUUAGAUAGCUUCACUGCUCAUGGUUGCUUUUAGUCUAUUAUCGGAAAUAAUUAUCAGUGACCAACUAUGCUAGGAUAGUGUUUAAAAAUAUGGCAACUGUCAGUACCAGUUAACAUGUCAUGGCUGCUGGUAAAAGAGAAAAUGAUAAUCUUAGACACGUAAUUGUGCUUUCCUACUGCCCUUUGUUUUCCAUUUUCUAAUGCUGGUCAUUUUGCUAAUUCCAACUUCAUGGAACCACAUACACACACACAUACAUUCAGGGUGUUUUUUUUUUGUUUAGCUGCAUCAAAUUGUUAAAAUUAAAAACAUAUAAAUCACGGUAACGUUAUGCUUACCAUUCAAGUGUACGGAUUGGCAGCCUCUAGAUACAGAGCAAUUUCCGCAAUUAUGUGCGUAAUUAGUGAAGUUACUGUAGUGAACUUUCUAAUUAUCAACAAUAGGUGGCUACAGCAAAUGAGUAUUUCGAAGCCCGUUCUCGACACUACCUAUCCCAGCGAUUAAAUUUUGAAUAGCGGAUUCCAUGUUGGAGCUACACGAACAAUUAUUUCCCCUUGGCCUUUCGUCACGUCUCAGAGGUCACUACUGGUCCGACCCCGCAAGCAGCAUGCGUUACCUCCUUGCUGUCUGCGACUUUGGCCUAGCGCUUCACUUAGUCAUUCCGUUGGGCGCCACGUGUUCACUUCCAACGACGAAAUGCCGCUUCAGGGGCCCAAGGGAAUGACUAAGUAAAUUUGGCGGUUGGCCAGCAUUGAAGCGCUAGGCCAACGCUGCAGACAGCAAGGAGAUAACGCAUGCUGCUCACGGGGCCGGACAAGUAGUGACCUCAAAGACGUGACAAAAGGCCAAGGGGAACUGCCAAGGAGAAAUAAUUGUUGGGAUAGGUAGUGUCGAGAACGAGCUUCAAAGUACUCAUUUGCUGUAGCCAUCUAUUGUUGAUAAUUAGAAAGUUCACUACCGUAACUUUGCUAAUUAUGUACGUAAUCACGGAAAUUGCUAUGUAUCUAGAGGCUGCCAAUCCGUACACUCGAAUGAGAAACGUAACGUUAGCAUGAUUCAUAUCUUCCCAAUUUUAAAAUUAUGCUGCAGCAAGAAAACAAUGUGUGUGUAUGUGUGAAUGAAUUGAUGAAACCACGUUAACAGUUCUGAAACUUGUCAAAUAAAGGGAAGUAUUUGGCAGGUAUUAGAAGGCUGUUUGGGCAAUAAAAGAAGCACAUAACAUAGCAGUUAAGACACUGACCUAGUUUUAUAGUUUCACAUACAGCAUGUUCUUUUGCAAGGCUGUGAACUCUCAUGUGCCAUUUGCGAUGUUGGGCUGUUCUUGGUGUGCUUCUGUGGGCACUCUUGGGUUUUAGCUGACAUUGCUGUGAAACAUGUUGAAACCUAGUAGCUUGCUUGCUUAUGGCUCGCACAUUCAUGCGCUGUUAAACAUGGGCUCUCAUUCAUUGCGUUGGCAAGUGCAUCAUCUAUAACCCAAAUGUGUGCAAAAUUUUUUUUCUUUUCCGUGUCGUUACAAAAAAGAAGAGGGUUGCAUAGCAAGCGACAGUUCUCAUUGGCUGCAAAGCAGCUUUGCAGCGAAUGCCAGGAACAGGUAGUUUUGUGUGCAACAUUCGCUGCUCACAGUAAGAUGCCCUCAACGAGCUUUAUGCACUGGCUUGUUUCAUAGUAUGCCAAAGGGGGCAGUAGUAUUCUAUGACGGUACAUUGUCUUUUAUACCCAAUAUUCUUAAUCAACUGCAUCCACUGUUUGGCUCUGUAAAACAUCGCUUGGAAACAUAGGCAUUUUGUAACCAGUUGUUUCUUUUGAGUGUCGCACCAUGGCCUAUGUAUUCUGCGUUCUAGUCUGGCUGAGUGAACACAAUGAGCGCGCGAUCUCAACAUGCCAGCCAGAGUGCACAAUGAGUGACGUACGUCACAUGUGACUCUGCCCUUUGGUUGGCAACUGAUUUACACAUUGAGUUAUGGAGAAUAAAGCGAGAUGCCGAGACAACAAUCUCUAAGGGGAUGUAAGGUGCUGCUGCUUCAUUGUGAAGAGCCGCCUUUUAAUCAUCAGUUGUGAAACAUGCAUUGGAAUUGCACUUCAUAGUCUGCCACUUGUCAAGCAGUAGAGCUGACAUUGCACAACCUUGCUCAUGUUUAAAGUGUGAUGGGUAGGUCAGACUGAUGACACAGAACUGUGGCAGCCGUUCUGUAUUCUCCAAAUUUUCUACCAAAGUGGGCAGAGAUGCCUUGUAUGAGGGGCCUUUUGGCUAGCUGUCUGUACUGUGCAGACUGAUCCACCUCGGUGUUGCCCACUCCCAAAACGACAAUGCGACUUGCCUCUGCAUCGCUACCUACCGUCACGUGUGAGCCACUGCACUGGAUUGAGCCCACUCUCUUAAGCUUGAGCAAUAAGUCAUGUACUCGAGCCCUGCCCUUAUCAGGGCUGGACUGAUGUAAUGAUGCUAUGCCAAAUGUUACUUUCCUUUUUGUGCUUUGUUGGUGGUCAGAACGGUGCUCCAUCUAUCUUAUUGUUCAGAUCUGCCAGUUGCGAGCGCUCAAUGAUAAGAAAGGAAUAGAAUCAAUUGAAGGAAUCAAUGCAUUACAGCAGCCCUGUUCUCUCUUGAAAACGUCUUCUUGUGCUUUCUUUCCUUUUAAUCUGCACUGUCUCUCUGCAAAUCCUUUGUGGCAACCAGAACCAGCUCUCUCUGCCACACUUCGAUUUUGAAAAUGCUGCAACCAUUGUGUGUAAAGUUUCAUUCUGGGGUUUCUCAUGCAACAUGUCCUCCCCGCCCCUGUUUGUUUAAGGGCACUUUUAUGGCGCUUUAGUUAUUGCAUCAACAGGGUUCCGCUGGCAUGUUUUCCACCUGCUGUGCUACGGUGCACGGUAUUUAGGUGUGAUCUUUAUUGUUUUUGCUGUGGUGGAUUGAUCUAGUCCGUUGCUACGCACUGGCCUGUUUUUGUUUUGCCAUUCCCGCAUUGCUUCUUCCAAGUUUUCGUAAGUCAGAGUACUUACAAGGUUUGCACAAAUGGUACUUAGAUUCUUAGCUGUCUGAUCAUCCUUGUGUGAAUAGAUGGGCUGUGAAAGGGUGAACGUUUGGACUAGUUAGUUCAUUUUCUGUAAGUGGGAAGACGGUGCAAAAAAAAAAUGAUCGUGGCAAGGAAGGAGUGCGGGGCCCCUGUCGCACUUUUAUUUUUUGCGUCGUUUCCCCAGUUCCUAGAAUGGAUUGGGCUGUGGCAGGACAGGAUUCCUGUGCACCAGUCUAGGUUCAUUCUGUUCUCUCGGGCAGCUUGCACAAAGUUUAAGUGCAGUUGAAAAAGUUUCUUGGACGUGUUCGUAGGCUUGCUUCCCAUAGGUAGAGCGAAAUUUACAGACUGAAAUACUUUGUGCACUAAGCCCUUGGGUACGUUUGUCCGAUUUUCAGUAUUCUGCAUCUUCAUUGUGGCAUUUCUAAACCGACUGUCACUGGUUGUUCAGCUCCUAUGUCACUUCAGUGUCAUCUGCACUUCAAUUGCAGCAUAGCUAAAAAUAUUAUGCUCCAUUUUCAAGCAAAAUUUUUAACAAGUCUGAGGACUGUGGCUCACAGAACAAGCACCGUGGUGCCAAUGUUUGGCUAUUGUUACUGAUGUCUUGUUGCUUCACCCUCAAGAACCUUGAAGCUCUCACUUUGUGCAAACCUUGAGCAUUCCCCUUUCCCUCCAUUGUUUAUCUGAUCUGCAUCUUAAGUUCCUUCACUCUACUUCUCGUACCGUUCUUGUUUAAUUUUGCUAAACAAACUUUUAUUUAUUACCGUGAAAGUAUCCAGUGGGCGUGAGUGGUCAUAAUGUUGCUUGUAUUGUAUUUUCCUCCCUUUUUCUUGCAUUCUGAAAGUUUUGCAUCAGUUGUACAAUUUUCGUCAUUGGAGAGCAAGAAUGUUUGGCGUCACCCCUUAGGUUGUGAAUACGUGUUGCUGGAUUUUUAAUUGCUGUGUUCAGUUUUUUGUCCAAGCUUUUGUACCUUGUAAUACUUACUGUCCUGUGCCUGGCCUGAAUUUGAUUUUAUACAAGGAAAA